CGGCGCCCAAGUACGUUGGCCGGGUCCUGCUGCUGUGCUCGUUCGUGAGAUGUGCGUUGUGUGAGAAAUGAGUACUCAGAAGAGUCAAAUCCCGAUCGGAGUCACGAGUGUCGAGCGACAGAUGUACGGGCUGUGCGUCACAAGCGAAGAAUAUGCCAGCGAGAGCAAGAGCGAAAGCGCACAGAGUCGUGAGUGUCUCUCACAACACCAGCACCGCGUUGCGCGCGACGUUGAGGACGAUAGGCAGGCAGGUAAGAUGAGCAGGACUGCGAAUGGAAGUCACAGCGCAGCGGCGUCGGUGGAAGAGUACAUCGAGAUUCUCAGCGCGGAGCAGCAUGUGGAUCUGGACAAGCUGCGAGACUACGCCAGGCACGGAUGCCAGCCGCAAGUCAGAGGGGAGGUGUGGCUGUACUUGUUGGGCGUACUGUCGGAUGACAAGAGUCAAGAGAUGACGUCGGUCAGAAGCAAAUAUCUGGAGUACGAACAGCUGGACAAGCAUCAUCCGGCACUCGAAAAGAGGAUCAGGGGCGAGUGUGCCAGGUACUACCAGAGAAGACUGGUCAGGCGCACCCCACUGAGUCGUGGCCUGGCGAGAAGCGCGCAACGCAUUCCUCAUCGACCAUCCUCACAGGCCACGUCGGGCAUAUACUCCAUGCCAUGGCAGGAAAAUCAUCAUCCAUAUCACGUCUCGCACGAAUUGCAACUCGCCUCCGGCAGCAGUGAACCCAGCGCUUCUCGAGACUCGGCGUUGAGCAGCGCCACAGGCACUCGCGAACGUGGGCCCAACCGCAUUGAUGGAGCAUUGGCGAACGCCCGCGUCGGAAUCAUGGGUGGGAUUGGCAGCUCCGGAAUGCUGGGGUCACAUGAAGACGAAGACCCGGUAGCAGCGGCGGGCGAAGAGCUCAAGCGGUUUUCGGCAGCUGUCGGCAGCGUUGUAUGCGCUCAUCUCAAUCGAUGGGACCACGACAGCGGCAGGCGCACAGAGAGGAAAGACUCCGUCAUUUUACCCCCGUUCAAGACUGUACAUAGCGAUAGCGGAUCGGAUCACAGCUCCUCCGGUAGCGAAGGAGAUGAUCCGCACGAGCUUCGACAAGCCUCGACAUCGAGAUUGUCCAGUUGGCCGCCCUUCGAGGCAAGCUCAAGCCAGCAAGAGAGUGCGGAACGCACAGCCACCACUUCACAAUCUUCAUCGAGUACCAACUUCGGGAUGCACGAGCACGAAACUGCACCACUGAGCGCAAGCCCAUCCCAGGAAAGCCAAGGUGCUUCCUCUGCGCACUUAGAAGCCCGCAAUGAUCACUCAGGAAUGGCUUCCAAUGCUAACUUGACUUCAACGAUGCGGCCUGGCGCGAGCUUGCCUCGAGAGUAUGAAUGGGCUCACUCUGGACCAGCUAUCGCUGUGAACUCCACCACGGCAUUCGAUGGUGUCAGCCGCGGUCAGUCUGUCAGCUCCGUCGUUGCUGCUGACCACUUCCGACAUCGCUCCAGCUUGGGCGAUGGGGCACCUGAGGCGGCCACCGAGGGGGUGGCAAGCGUUUCGCCCCAAGCACGUGAAGGCACCACAACAGCACCACGCGCCACCUUCGAGGGCUUCAGUCCAGAUCUCAUUUUUCUAUGCGCACCCUUCGUGAAAUGCGUGAGGGUGGAAGCUGGUAUGUUCUUUGCUUUCGACAAAUUGAUGAGCAUGAUUGACAAAUACAACGCUCGCAAUCCCUUGCCCGCCCAAGUGUCUGGAUUCCUGACACUCUUUCGAACCACUCUACCUGACCUCUACGCAUACUUUGAAGAGGAAGAGGUAGACGUCGUUGCUUUCGCGACCAGCUGGCUGAGGCAUCUGCUAGCCGGCGAAAUGCAGAUGGAUGACCUGCUCCGCCUAUGGGACACCUAUUUCGCUAUUCCCGACCCGCUUGACUUGCACCUCUUUGUUUGCAUCGCCAUCUUGACAAAUUGCAAAGACGCACUAGAAGAGUUGGAUCAAUCGGAAGCUAAGAGCAUGCUCUAUAGCCUGCCACAAUUGGAUGUCGAUCGGAUCUUGCAGGAAGCUCGCAAUAUCCAAGUAUCGGUCCGACAAUCCCAGGCAGAAUCUCUCUGAGUGCCUAAAUUAGCCAGCUCUUGCCGCAAGACAGCUACCCUAUGUCAUCGACACCCACCCGUCGCACGUGCAGGCGUGGUCGCGACGCAAAUGAGUGACUUGAUCAUCUGUAUAAAUUCAAACAAUGCGCGCAGCUACCGAA